AUGAAAGCUGCGACCCCAUUCCCCAUCGAGAAUCUGCCAUACGGAGUGGUCUCCACCUCGAAUGACCCAACCCCUCAUUCAAGGUACAAAUACCCCGCCAAGAUUGCUAUGGUAGAGGUUGACAUAUCUUUCUCGCAGCCUGCUCUGAAUGUCUUCGCAUCAACCCCCCAAUCCACGCAAGCCGAGGUGAGAGCGCGCCUGGUUCAGUUUCUCGAGGGCGCAAGCGAAGCCGAUAAAGAGAAAUAUUUUCUUCGCUUGUCGCAAGUGACGAAGCAUUUGCCCAUGGAGACCGCCAACUUCUCCGACUUCUAUUGUUCGCUCGAGCAUGCACAAAACUGCUCAAAAAUCAUGAGCCUUGAAGUCAACCCAAACUGGUACUACAUUCCAUCGGUCUACAACGGCCGCACAUCCAGUCUUAGAGUGUCGGGGCAGCCUAUCCGCCGACCGUGGGGUGUUAUAUCGGGACCAGGUAGAUCCUCCCCCGCGACGUGGUCACGAAGUAAGAGGCUCGACUUCGAGCUCGAGAUGGGUGUAUUCUUAGCGAAGCCUCUACCCGCUGGUCAGAUCCUCGACAUCCGACACGCCAGGGAGCAUAUCUUUGGUUUUGUCAUUCUGAAUGACUGGUCGGCCAGGGACAUCCAAGGAUUCGAAAUGGCCCCUCUUGGUCCGUUCCAUAGUAAAGGGUUUGGAACCACGAUCUCACCAUGGAUCGUCACGAUCGAUGCCCUGUCGCCGGUGGAAUGCCCCGUAUCGAUUCCACAGAGCCCGUCACCCUUACCCCAUUUGGCCUGGAAAGGAGACAGCUCCAAUGCUACAUGGGAUAUAGAAUUGUCUGCGCGGAUCUUGAGAAAGGGGAAGACGUAUCACAUUACGUCCACUAAUCUCAAAGACCUCUACUGGACGCCGUAUCAGCAGCUCACCCAUCUCGCGAGCGCUGGAGAAGGCCUUUCGACCGGAGAUAUAUUUGGCACGGGCACUAUCUCAAACGAUAAUUCUCGAUGGUACCAGUAUCAGGGUCGUUGUGAAGAGGCGAUCGGGGAUGCGCAGCGGGAGAUCGUCGAGGACACCAAAGUGGUUUUGGGAGCUACAGACGAGCGGAUUCUAUGGGAUGAAAAGGAAUCCCGGGCCGUCGUGCGCAAGUUUGACAUGCGAUUGCUAAGUCUUUUCACCGUCAUUAACCUGUUCAGCUUCAUCGACCGAGUUAAUAUCGGCAAUGCGCGUUUAUUGGGACUCGAGAAGGAUCUAGGAUUGUCCGGACUACGCUUCAAUAUUGCGCUGAUGUGCCUUUUCGUGUCGUAUUGCGUUGUAGAGUUACCUUCAAACAUUCUGUGUAAAAUCGUCGGGGGACAUAUCUAUAUCCCUACCCUUGUGCUUUGUUUUGGCAUCAUUACGAUGCUCACCUCGCUGGUGGAGCAGAAAGGCGGCUUGUAUGCAUGUCGCUUCCUCCUGGGAGUCUUCGAGGGCGUGUCCGUCAUUCUUGCGGUCGUCGCGUUCAUGUCCAUUCCGAGUGGCCCAGAAAAUGCACGGUUCUUAACAGAAUCUCAAAAACAAGUGGCAGCUGCCGCCUGUGCGAUAUCCAUCGUGGUCGGCUACAUCUCCGACCGUUACCAAAACCGUGGCUGGGUGAUCUUUGCCACCGUUCCGUUCGGCAUUGCUGGCAUGGGCAUGCUCGAAUUUCUCCCGGCUUCCAUGCCGCGUGCGAAGUACGGAUCCUUGUACCUUGCUGCACCGGGCAUCUAUGCCUUUCUGCCCCUCUGGCUCGCCUGGGCAGUUAAUAAUGCCGCGACGCCGACCGUCAAAGCGGCUUCGGCGGGCUUAGUCUUCACCGUCGGGUCGCUCGGUGGGAUUCUCGCACCCUGGGUCUAUUUGCCCGGGGAUGCGCCGAACUACCGCACAGGUCAUGCAAUCAUGUUUGCUUUCUUAUUUGGGAGUUGGGCCAUGUGCAUCGGCAUGAUAACCUAUAUCAAAUGGGAGAACCGCGCCAGGGAAAUGGGAAAGCGAGAUAGUGUUUUGGAAGGAUUGGGCUCUGAGGAGCAAUUGGAGCUGAGUAGUCGACAUCCAGCAUUUCGCUAUGCUGUCUAA